GUUUUCGCUUUCCUUUUCAUCGUUCAGCAGCCGUGGUUUCAUGUCCCGUCCCUAUUUCGCAAAAAUGAACGGGAUUUUGAUUCGUACCAAAUAACGGCCGUCUUUCUCACAUCCACAUUUCAGUACAUAAUUAUCGCCGUCGUCUACUCGAAAUCGCACCCAUACCGCAAAACGAUCUUCAACAAUCAUUGGUUUUUCGCUGUGAUCGCCUUCUGUGUGGUACUUUGCUUGUGGAUCACGCUCUCACCACUUGCCUUCAUGAUCAAGCUGCUCGAGCUAAAGAUGCCCCCAUUCAUAAAGUACCGUCUGGUCAUUGUCAUGCUGGCCGGCAUUCACUGGCUGCUCGCUUAUGCUGCUGAAGCGUAUAUCAUCGAUGGGUUGCUGGUGUGGCUCCUAGAGCGUCCGCGCUUCAACCGACGUACGUCGCGGUUCAUGAGGAUCGUUGAGCGGGUGGCCAAGAGCCCAUCCUGGUGCAGUGCCUCGUCGUCCGAUGAUUCAGCGAAAUAUUCUAGCUCUAAAUUGAGUGAUUCGGUUCAUUCAUUCUACAUGAGAGUGGUUAACCGAUGCUUGUCCCGUCGACAUGGGAGUCUUUGGGUGAAGAAAUACCGAAGGCCGGUGGUGCUUUCUUUCGGGGCCUCAGAGCAGAAAGCCAUCGAAAUAAUUCUUGACGGCGAUUGGCCUUUUGCGAAGUGUUCUCUUCUGCACGGGUACGCGAAGUCGGCCAUCAUUAACUCUGUUCGUCGGUCGAAUCAGAUGGCACUACCCGAACGAAAAGAGCCAAUCAAUUUUCUUGAACCGAGGGCUUUGGCUAAAGAUGUAAUUACGGAGAUGGACGAACCGUCGCCCAACGCCGCUGCGUGCGUAAGUCAUGAGCAAUGUUUGCAGGACGAAUUUCGUUUCGUCGUGCGUCGUUGCUUGCAGGCGAACAACACGGUGGAUCAGUGGACGCCUUUUCGCCGAGCAUCCAUCACGCAGCUCCCCCUUGUUUAUUCUCAACUGUCUAAGGCAAGGCUAUCGUCUCUGGUCGUAAUGACCGCAGCCCUCGGUUACUUCAUGUGUCCUUUGAUGCAACCUUGCUACGUAGCAUCGCUGGUCAGCUGUUGCGUUGGCACCGCUCUUAUGUCCUUCGGUGCCAAUGCUUUAAAUCAGCUGAUCGAAUUUCCGUUUGACUCGCAAAUGCAACGCACCUGUAACCGAGUAUUGGUUCGGAACAGAAUUUCAUGGGAACAUGCACUUGGUUUUGCCGUUCUUUCGUCCAUAAGCGGCUUCGUUAUUUUGUAUAACACUACCUCGUCAAUGACAGCUAUGCUCGGACUGCUUAACAUCGCCCUGUACGCUUUCGUCUAUACGCCAUUGAAGCGUAUCACCUACUACAACACGUUCAUUGGCUCGUUUGUUGGCGCCAUCCCACCGCUGAUGGGAUGGACUGCCGCCGCUGGUGGAACUCUCUGCUUGCCGGCUUUAGUUUUAGGCGGUAUAUUGUACUCCUGGCAGUUCCCGCAUUUUAGUGCCCUCAGUUGGAAAAUAAGGCGUGAUUAUUCGAAGGCAGGUUUCAGGAUGAUGUGUAUAUUACAUCCUAAACUUUGCAAGCAGACGGCCCUCAGCUUUUCGGUAAUGCUUACAGUUCUUUGUUCCAUUGCUGCUCCCGUAACUGAAUUGACGUCAUGGACCUUUACCGCCGUUUCUUUUCCGCUCAACGCGUACUUGUGUGCCUCCAGCUACAGGUAA